CUUUUGUGUAUGAUUUUGUGUAUCCACGGUAAGCGAGUGAUGGAGAGAGAGAGUAUGUCUGCAUUAAUAAGUUUAAAAUAAAUUCACACAUUACAUUGUGAAUUGAUUACCAAUCGGUCUUUAAAUAAAGUUUUUAUUGAAAAUCUUCACCGGUCCUUCCUGCUUGCAAAAAUGGAGGAGGGAAUGUUGCCCCCGCUGUCACUCUCUGCUAAGUUUGAGGGGUCAUUUGCCUAUCUGACUGUCAGAGACAGGCUGCCAGCCAUACUGACAAAAGUGAUAGACACAAUACACCGAAAUAAGGAGUAUUUCUUCAAAGAGUAUGGAGAGGAAGGAAUCGAGGCAGAGAAGAGGGCCAUUUCCUUCCUGUCCAAGCUGAGGAAUGAAGUGCAGACAGAUAAACCUGUGCUGGCUUUGGCUGAUAAUGCCGAAGACACCGAGACCUGGAACCAGUACAUGCAAAGACAGCAGGAACUGAUGCCAGAUGGGCAACCUGUCAGCUGGUUUAAGGCACCAUGGCUGUAUGUGGAGUGCUAUAUGUACCGGAGGUUCCAAGAGGCUUUGUAUCUGAAUCCACCGAUGGAUACUUAUGACGUGUUUAAGGAAGGAAAGACGCAAAGCUUCUUUGAAUCUCAACAAGCAAUUAUAUCCCUCUGUACGUAUCUCCAAGAGCUUAUUACCAACAUGGAGAACAUGUCUGAGCUGCAGCUGAAGGAACACUUUCUGAAGCUACUCCAGGUCUCGCUGUGGGGAAACAAGUGCGAUCUGUCCAUCUCUGCUGGUCUGGACAACUCUCAAAAGUCUAAUCCCAUUGAUGUACUACCUGAUCUCCAGCGCUUUAUCCUAGUGGAUGACUCCAACAAGGUUUGGUCAACAUUGGUUGCUGCUCAAGGGUGUAGAUCCUCAGGAACGAAGCGUGCAAGAGUCGACAUCAUUUUAGACAACGCCGGUUUUGAGCUCGUCACCGAUCUCGUCCUCGCCGACUUCCUCGUUUCUGCCGGACUCGCCAAGCAAAUCAGAUUUUACGGCAAGUCCUUCCCGUGGUUUGUCUCGGAUGUCACGAAACAAGAUUUUGAGUGGACCAUCAUGCAGGUCCUGGCAUCCAAUCAUAAGUGGAUGUCAGCCAGCGCCGUCCAAUGGAAGCAUUUCAUGAAAGACGGCACCUGGUCCUACCACGACCAUCCGUUUUGGACCUUGCCCCAUGAGUUUUGUGAUAUGGCAAGCGAUGCCGCUGAUCUUUAUACCAUGCUACAGGGUUCAGACUUGAUUCUGUUUAAAGGAGAUUUAAACUACCGUAAGCUGACUGGCGAUAGGAUAUGGGAGCACACGGUUCGGUUUGAUCGAGCAUUGAGAGGUUUUCAGCCUGCCCCCCUCUGUAGUAUCAGAACGCUGAAGGCUAAUGUUCAGGUAGGCUUACAGCCGGGCCAGGCUGAGCAGCUCAGCUCUGAGGAUCCAAACUGGAUGACUAAUGGGAAAUAUGCUGUGAUUCAGUUUUCCAGUCCACUCAGUGAACAGUAGAUUUACUUUAAAGAAAGCAAUGAGUCCUUACAGAUGGAGUACCGAGCAUCAGGUGACAGAAUAAAAAAGGAAUUAAUGAACUGUAACUUCUCAAGUUACCAACAUGCCAAACAGAUUUCCAUUGUGUCAUUUUUGCUUGAACCUGUGUCCAGCUGCUGCUUUGUUUGAAAGAAAAAUAUCUGCAGUGUUUAAAUAUUAAACUCUGAAGCAAAUUUAA